AGAAGGGGGGGACCGGCCAGGGACCAUGGACACAGUGCUGGAGCAGUUCACAGGGCUGGAGUCCUUCCCCUCCCCUUACUUUGACGAAGAAGAUUUCUUCACUGACCAGUCCUCCAGGGACCACCUGGACGCAGACGAUUUCUUGGAGGAGGAUGUAGAUUUCUUCACGGGUCAGAUCCAGGAGUACUACAAGGACAGUCGCAUCAUCCAUGGAGAUGACUAUUGCGAUGCAGGGAACUUCUCCUUCUCGUCCUCCUCGUCUGGGGGCUUCACCUAUGACUGUGAGGGGGAAUCCUGCGAUCUGUCCCCUGGGAUGAAGGGAGGGAUUGGAGCAAUGAAGAGGAGGAGGAGGAUUCGGUCUGAUACUGAGAUGCAGCAGCUCAGGCAGGCGGCCAAUGUCAGGGAGCGCAGGAGGAUGCAGUCUAUUAAUGAUGCAUUUGAAGGACUCAGGUCUCACAUCCCCACUUUACCCUAUGAGAAGAGACUCUCCAAGGUGGAUACCCUGCGCCUGGCCAUCGGCUACAUCAACUUCCUCAGCGAGCUGGUGCAGUCAGACCUCCCCCCGAGGAACCCCAACACCGAGAGCUCCCUCCAGUCCAAGAAAGUGAUCAUCUGUCACAGAGUCACAAGAUCACCCUCCCCAAGUGACCCAGAUUACGGACUACCGCCUCUUACAGGCCAUUCUCUGUCAUGGACUGAUGAAAAGCAAUUAAAAGAUCAAAACGUUAUCCGAACUGCCAAAGUGUGGACACCAGAGGACCCAAGGAAACUAAACAAGUCCUCAUUUAGCAACAUAGAAAAUGAGCCCCCACUGACUUUGUGUCUUGACUUGUGA